GCGACAUAAAUCUUUUGAAAAAAUAAAGACCAAGGGCCAGUUUUUUAGAAUUGCGAAACCCGCAGUUGUGUUACAUACGCCAGCUCCAGCGCCCGCCCGCCCCGGUGACCGUCGCCCGUCGUCGCCAGCGCUCGCUGCAUACCACCCGUCGUCUCGAGCUCUGCUUGACCGCUGCAUGUACGCCAGCACCUUUCUCGGCCUUCACGCCGAUACGAAGGGCGAUGCCCACUUCCGCACCGGUGCCAUGGGCAACGCCAUGGCGCUCGACACGAUCGAGCUCGACGUCGAGAUGAUCCAGAACUACCGGUACCGCGAGAUGCAAGACGAGUACGCGGUGCACCUCUACGCGCAGAAUGCGAUUGCGACGCCGACGCUCGACUGGUCCAUCUUCCACACGGCGCGUGGCCGCCUCGUGCACCGCAUCUUCUCGACGGGCUCGGCGCUAGGCCUCAAGCGCGAGACGUGCCACUUGGCCUGCUCGUACAUGACGCGCGUCUUCCUCUCGUCCUGGCUCGCGCGCGGCCAGAUCUUUGCGCCCAACUUUGCGAAAACGGCCGAGCACCCCAACAUCCUCAUGGCCGCGACCGUCCUCGUCCUCGCCAGCAAAAUCGAAGAGGUCAACCCACCGUCGGUCACGGACAUUCUCGAAGCUGUCCAGCGCGAGUCGGGCGAGACCGUGCCCGACCAUGCCAAGGCCAAAGGCAAAGGCAAGCGUGGCGGUCGCAGCAAGAAGGUCACCGCGCCGUCGAUCUACACGACGAAAGAAGACGUGAUUGCGCACGAAGAAGCGCUUUUGAAGCAGCUCAAGUGGAAGCUGUACCCGGCGACGCCCAUCACGUGGCUUCUCCUCGCGAUGGACGGCCUUGGUUUGUACAAGGAGCCGUCGAGUCCGCCGUCGCCGGCUGUGUACAACUCGCCGUGCUACGUUGGUUACGAGUAUGGCGGGUCCUAUGACUACGCCGACAAGCUGCGCAAGGACGAGUCGCGUCUCCAGCGUGCAAAGGAGCGCAUGACGGUGUUCCACCUCGCGUGCAACCUCCUCGACGUUGCGACGCUCGACUCGUUCUCGAUCAACUUUUUACCAAGUGUCCUUGGGGGCGCCGCGCUCUUCCUCCUCGCGCCCACCCACAACCUGUACGCCCUCUCGCACUUGCUGCUCGUCAAGCCCGAGAACGUGUGGGAGUGCGUCGUCUGGAUGCAGCACUACCUGCCGUACGUGACGCAGCCCGUGCCGCUCUCGGUCCAUGCGCAGUUUCAGUCCAAGCUCGCCAAGGUGCCGCAGGAAGAUCGCUACGCGGUGCAGGUCCUCUCGACGAGCACGGCCUUUGGCACGCUAGUCUUUUACCCGAUGGCGCACAGCUCGCCGCAAGCGAUGCUGCUCAAGACGCCGCCGUCGCCGCAAGAACCGGUGUACGAGCCAGAGAGCGAGUGGUCGCCGUCGACGUACUUUACGCAGCACCAGCCGUCGCUGCUGAGCAACCAGCAGCACCUGAACCAGCAGCACCAAACCUCGUACGCGUACGAACCAGAGGCGUACACGAACGACCAGCUCGCGAUGGGUCGGGACCCUUACUACAGUGCGUACCACCCGCAGUGGGCGGCGACCACGUGGGUGCCCUCGCCAAGCUACAACUAAGGCGCUUUACCUCGACCUCUGCCACCGCCAAGACGAAGCGCGUGGCUUUUCUUUUUUAUUAUCCCGACAACCUCAACCAGACCUCUUUGAUUCGAACCUAGCGUAAUUUAGUGGGUAUUUAUCGCGCCAAAACCAAAACAAAGAUUAUAUACAUUUUCGUGUGGACCCGCUUCU